AAUCACCAAAUGGUCUCACCUGUGUAUUGUAAUUAACUGAUGUAUAAAACAGCUGGCGGUGGAUCAGAAAGCACUCAGUCACUUAUUUUCAGAGUUGGUCUGUUAUCGGGUGAGCUGUGUGUUCAGUGCCAAGCUCUGAUAGUGAUUGGAUUCCCUCAGACUGCAACAUGUGGAGGCUUGGUAACAUAAGUUUGUUAUGGAACUUGAUGGCUGCAGUAAUCUUCUUGGGUCAAGCAAGGCCAAAUAUGAAGGUCAAUUCACAGUCAAGCAGUGGCAUACAUUCAGACUGCGUGGGUAAUCUAAUGAGGCUGUCAUUGGACAAGGCCCUAGCAGUAGGGAAUGAGCUUGAGGUGGCGGCCAUCAAUGGCACCCAGUACAUUGUGUUAACUCCCAACUUGGCUGCUCAGUGUGGAUACAGCAUGGAGUCUGACCUGUGGGGUAACACUCGAAUCUACUCGUCUCUGCUGGGCUGCUACGUGGACAACAAAGAGGAUCAAACAUUUAAUGUUGGCUUAAGGCUCCGCAUGUACAGCCCCACUCAGUCAGACGUGGUUACCCAUGAUGUGACGCAGACUUGCAGCUACACUCGGUGGGCCUCUAGGGAGAUUCUCUGCGACAGGAACUACAUGGAAGUGUCGCACCACAUUGCUACAUCUGAAGCUAAGGGACAGGCUCAAGAUGUGAAAUGGAUCGACACCAUUCCAGAUGACUCUGGGGCAGAACAUGGUAUCUGGAAGUUGACAUUUUACACCCCAGAACCAGUUUCAAUGGUACUGAGGGAGGCUGAACAAGCCGGCUACGGUGCCAUGUUGACCUCGACCCGGCUAGUUAUGCGAUCCCCGUACAAUACAGCAGAGACUUAUUCGGAGGAUGUGGAUGGAGUCUCCAUGGAAGUGUUCAGGGUGAGUGCCUACUACAAGGCACCACUUGGUCUGAGUGUGGUGAACUUGGCAGCUGCUUGUCCCACAGGUGGCGUCCUCGUCCUUAACGAUGUAAUCUCUUGGCACGUACCUCGCCGUCUGAAACCUCUGGUAGAUGACAGCUUUGAAAUCUUAGAAAAGCACAUGGGCAUCAACGGGAAGAGGCUUGAUAGAUCUCAGAUGGCCUCCAGAGGGUACACGCUGUCCACCACAGAGUUCCACAUCGUCAUAGAGAUCCCAGUCGGAUCACCUGAUGGAUACUACAAGAGCCAUGCUCCAGAUUACCAGUACCACAUCGCCUACAUUGUGGAGCCCAUGCUUGAGGUACUGUGGCGGACCACUGGCACUCAAGAUGAUACCAGAUACAAGGUUUUGUUCCCCAUUACCACCCCUCUUGUGCUUCAACCUCUCCACGUGCAAGAAAGUAAGUUAUCUGGUAGACGACAGAACCAUGGGCUCGUAGGGAAAUGCAAUAAACCCGUUCUCUGUCCCUCAGAUACUGUCCCAGAAGCCCGGGUGUUUAGUGUUGUCUUGGGGCCCCUUCUUCAUGAUGUGGUGCUGAGGAACAUCACCUUCCUCACCAAGGUGCUCACUGUUGAAGAGAGCAAUGCCAGAGGCUUUACCGUCCAGGAGCACCUCUACUCCAAUGGAACCAAGAGCAUCUCUGUGUUGGUGCCCUUUGAUGCAGAUAUUGUCCUGAAAGAUAAUCCUGAACUUUUGGUUACAACCUACUUCCUCUCUCUGGUCUUUGGGUUCAUGAUCAUUCCUGAAGAAGCUCCAUUUGCCCACCCCGUCGAGUUGCAGGCAUCUCUGCAGGAUGUUGAGCUACCAACCAUCACUGGCACCUGUGACCAGAACCAGUUUUACAUCAGUGUGAAAUACGGGAGUCAAGGCAACAAUUUGAAGGCAAUGGUUGGACAUCAACAGCUGACACCUGAGAUGGCUGACUACCAGUUCCAAGAAAAUGGAACACACUUCAGUCUUGUACUGCCGUACACUGCCAAGGACACAACCUUUGAGCUGAUCACCUCAGAUUCACUAAGGGCCAGCGUUGACUUCUUUCUGUUGCAUACCAGCAACGACUGGGUGCUUGCUGAUCUUUUCUUGACCUGCAACUUCCCCUUAACAACAACCCAGUGCUACCCCAAUGGAACGAUGACCGCUACGGCUGUAAAGGUGGAUUCUGUGGCCGAUAUCCCGAGUAGGCUGACCCUAAAGGACCAGUCCUGCAAACCGGCAUACAGCGAUGAUCGCUUUGCAUAUUUCUCUUUCAGUGUUGCUUCCUGUGGAACCAAAAGAACAUUCUUUGACCACUACAUGCUGUAUGAAAAUGAGAUUGCCUUGCCUUACAACAAAAAAGCAUCACAAGUUGGACCUCAGUACAGACAAACGAUUUCCUGCUACUAUGUGGUCAAUGAGACUCAGACUGUUGGCUUCAGCUCAAAACCAAGACUCUUUGAACCCACCGCAGAGAUCGGCUCAGGACAGCUGAUGGUGCAAAUGAGGCUAGCCCAGGAUUCAUUGUACGAGCUCUUCUAUCAAGCAGAAGAUUAUCCAGUUGUGAAAUAUUUGAGGCAGCCUCUGUAUUUUGAGGUGGAGCUGCUUGAGUCUACUGACCCAAAUUUGGAGCUCAUCUUAGAGAACUGUUGGGCUACACUUGAUGAAGACCAGACAUCUCUGCCUAGCUGGGAUAUCAUUGUGGACAGCUGUGAGAAUCCAGAUGACAGCUAUGUGACAAUUUUCCAUCCUGUUGUGAGCGACGCCAGGGUUUUAGACCCAUCCCACAUCAAACGCUUCUCUAUGAAGAUGUUCACCUUCACUAAAGAUGAGGAGGUUCUGAAGGACGAGAUCUUUGUCCACUGUGAUGUAGAGAUUUGUGACGCGCACAGCCAAGCAGAUGGUUCAUGCAGAGGCCAGUGUGUGAAACCUGCGCACCAGAUGAACUACAGACAAGAGCGAAAAAGGGGUAGCUGUUGGCACAUUAGCCCGAUCAAUGUGUGAGUUUGUGUACAGAUGUGGUAGAAUGUAAAUUCUAGAAAUAAUGACGUAAGUCUGUGUGGACGCACUGCCUU